AUGAGGAAAAGCAAGGCGCCCUCCACCAGGAGAGGAGAAAUCCAGAACCUCUUUCAAAGUUAUGCCUUGGGCCAGGCGGUCUUACCAGCCGGCUCCCUGCUCAGGUUCCUGCACAAGGAGCAGUUGGAGGUGACUGCCGACGAGGGCACGGCGGACACUUUGAUCGAGAAAUAUGAAAUUGAGGAGACAGCUUCCGAAAGUCAGUGCAUGACCUUUGAAGGGUUCCUGCGCUACAUGGAGUCCAAAGACUGCUGCGUGUUCGACCAGGCCCACACCACGGUCUACCAAGACAUGAACCAGCCGCUCAGCAGUUACUUCAUCUCCACCUCGCACAACACCUACCUAACCGGAGACCAGCUCGUGGGCAAAAGCCACCUGGAUGCUUACGUCUGCGCUCUGAGAAAAGGCUGUCGAUGUCUGGAAAUAGACUGCUGGGAUGGACCAGGUAUGGAGCCGGUAGUCUACCACGGGUACACUUUGACCACCAAGAUACUCUUCAAGGACGUCAUCACCACCGUGGACCAGCACGCCUUCGAGGUGUCUGUUUACCCGGUGAUCCUGUCACUGGAGAACCAUUGUUCUAAAGAACAGCAGGAGGUCAUGGCCCUCUACCUCACUGGCAUACUGGGGGACAAACUGCUCAGUGUCCGCCUAGAUCACCCCACCACUGGAGACCUCCCAAGCCCAAAGGACCUAAAGUAUAAGAUCCUCAUUAAGAAUAAAAAGCUAAAGCCUCGUGCUAAGGUAGAGGGAGUGACAGGGACAGAGGCAGACGAGAGUGGAGAUGAGGGCGAGGAGGAGGAGGAGGAGGAGGAAGAGGAGGAGGAGGAAGAUGACGAUCUGCAGAGCAGACUUAAGUUUUGGUCUCCCAGAAAGAUAGUCAAAAAGAAGAAGGUGGUGGUGGCGGACGCUCUGUCUGACCUCGUCACCUACACCGUGUCUGUCAAGUUCAUCAGCUUCAGCCAUUCCAAAGACUGUCAGAACUACUGUGAGAACACCUCCAUGGGGGAGAAAAAAGCCCGCAAGCUGGCAAAAGUUACAGGUAAAGAAUUUGUUCACCACAAUCAGAGGUUCCUCAGCAGGAUUUACCCAGCAGGCUCCAGGACGUCUUCCUCCAACUAUAACCCUCAGGAGUUUUGGAACGUGGGCUCGCAGCUCGUGGCACUCAAUUUCCAGUCCCUGGGAAUGCCAAUGGACCUUAAUGAUGGCCGUUUCCAGGACAACGGGGGCUGUGGGUAUGUCUUAAAGCCUGCAGUGCUCAUGUCCAGUCAGAAGAGCUUUGAUCCUGGCGGCAGUCAGCGCGGCGUGCAACCAACACACCUGCUGCUCAAGGUGAUCAGUGGCUCCAACCUACCUGUUCCCAGGAGUGGCAAGGCUCUGGACCCUUUUGUCAGAGUGGAGAUUCACGGGAUCGCAUCGGACUGCAGCAGGAAAACCACACACACUGUCAAAAACAACUCUUUGAACCCGUUCUGGGACGCCGACAUGAACUUCCGCCUCAGCAUCCCCGAACUGUGCCUGGUCCGCUUCUCCGUCCGAGACCAGACCGGUUUCCUGUCCAGCGACUUUGUGGGCCAGUACACGCUGCCGUUUUUCAGCAUGAAGAAAGGCUAUCGCUGGGUGCCUCUAAGGGCCCGAGACGGAUGCAGCCUGGAUCCAGCCUCUCUUUUUGUUUUUGUCUGGUACUCCUAAAACACAGCUCCGGAACACUUUGGCAACAGGGAGGCAGCUCAACAACAACAAAUAGAAAGACAUUGAAUAGAUGCAUGAGCUGUAUAUAUUCUUGCAUGUGCUGCAGGGUUUAGGAGCAGAAGCCUCCAGCGUGGAUGAAAAGCAGAAAAAAGCAGCUCUUCUAAAACUGAAAAAUCCCUGGAGUGAGAUUGUAGUUUCCUGUGACGAAAUGAAUAUUUGAUGCAAGUUCAGUUGUUUUUUUCUCUCUCAGUAGAAAUCUGGCUGAGUUGCCAACACGUGCCGGCAGGUUACAGUAAUAAGUGGAGCUGCUUCUCUCCCACAUGAGAAAUCCUGCAGGGAAUAACAUAAAUAGCCGUCACAGAGGUGUACAUUAUUGAAGAAGUCUAUUUUCAUCCGGGCUCAUCACUACAUCCACUAAAUGAGGGUUUUUUUC